ACAAGAGGGCACCUUAUGAUGAAGCCAGCUGAAGUAUUUUGCUCAUUUCAUAAACAUGGAGCACAGCCAAUUUCUCACCACACUUUUAUAAAGCCCAACCCAGUCUGUUCAACUGAGAUGUGGCUCUCUGAAUUGCUAACGGGCUGCUGUUGAGAUUUUUUACUCGCUGUCUGAAGAAAGACAUGGCACAAGCGGGAUUUCUGAUUCUUGUCCUUGUUACCAUCCUUUUGCUGGAGCAGACAACGGGCCAGUCUUCCAGUUCCAAAGCCAGGAAGCACAGCAAACGGAGGGUGAAAGAGAAAGAUGGUGACCUAAAGACUCAAAUUAACAAGCUUUGGCAAGAGGUAAAUUCCCUGAAAGAAAUGCAAGCACUACAAACAGUCUGUCUUCGGGGCAUGAAGGUUCAUAAGAAGUGCUACUUGGUAUCCGAGAGUGCCAAGCAUUUCCACGAAGCCAACGAAGACUGCAUAGCAAAAGGAGGGACGCUUGCUAUCCCCAGAGAUGGUGAUGAGACCAACACUCUGCGAGACUACAGCAAGAAGAGCCUGCCCACCGGUGUGACAGAUUUUUGGCUGGGUGUCACUGACAUGGUAAAUGAAGGGAAAUUUGUUGAUGUCAAUGGAAUGGUCCUCAACUACUUCAAUUGGGACCGGUCACAACCCAAUGGAGGGAAGCGUGAAAAUUGCGUCCUCUUUUCUCAGUCGGCUCACGGAAAGUGGGUGGAUGAAGUCUGCCGCACGGUGAAACGAUAUGUCUGCGAAUUCCUGAUCCCCUAGUCAUAUUCACAGCUUGAGCUGCUUCAUGUUUUACCCUUUUAAAAG